AUGCAAGUCAUAAUACAAAAAAGUAAAUGGAUAAAUAAAUGGAAAAAUUCUAAAAAUCUUGCAAAAAAUCAAAAUAAUGAAAAAUUUUAUGUUUUGGCCAUGUUUCCAUAUCCAAGUGGAAUGCUACACAUGGGCCACGUGAGAGUAUAUACUAUCAGUGACACUUUAGCGAGGUUUAGAAAAAUGCUUGGAUACAAUGUUAUUCAUCCAAUGGGAUGGGAUGCUUUCGGUCUUCCCGCCGAAAAUGCAGCGAUGGAACGAGGCAUUCAUCCUGCUGAUUGGACCAUAUCUAAUAUAUCUUCUAUGAAAAAACAAAUGGAGAGAAUUUUAGCAGAUUUUGAUUGGGAUAGAGAAGUCACCACUUGCAAUCCAGAUUAUUAUAAAUGGACGCAAUAUCUUUUUCUUCAAAUGUAUAAAGAGCGUCUUGCCUAUCAAAAAGAGGCAAUUGUCAAUUGGGAUCCCGUUGACCAAACAGUUCUAGCCAAUGAACAGGUAGAUUCCGACGGACGAUCCUGGAGGUCAGGCGCUAAAGUCGAACGACGUAAAUUAAAGCAAUGGUUCUUCAAAAUAACAGAUUUUGCCGAAUCAUUAUUAAAUGAUCUUGAUUCAUUGGAUAAAUGGCCGGAUUACGUAAAGCAAAUGCAAAGAAAUUGGAUAGGAAAAUCUAAGGGUGCUGAAUUUGAUUUUAUAGUGGAAUCAAAGAGAUCCGAGUUCACAGUUAAAGUAUUUACAAGUAGGCCUGACACUAUUUUUGGAGUACAAUAUCUAGCCAUCUCUAUAGACCAUCCUCUCUUGUCAGAAGAGUGGCUUCCACAAAAUACUUGUUCUCAAGUUUUGCAAUUUGUAAAAAACAUUAGGCAACAACAAUCAUUUGAGUUGAAUGAUGUAAAUACUGGGCAAGGAAUGCAUACAGGCGUUUUCGCAAAACAUCCAAUUACGGGCUUAUCCAUACCCAUUUAUGUAGCAUCCUAUGUGGUUCCAGAUUAUGGAACAGGCGCAGUGAUGGGCGUUCCUGCGCAUGACGAACGCGACUGGGAAUUCGUAAAAGUCAAUCGUAUUAUUUCUGAGGAGAAUAUUAAAAAAGUCAUUAUGCCUGUAAUUCAAGAUAAUUCAACGCAGCAUAGCAACAAGGCUUUUACUUUGCGUGGAAUAUUGACAGCGGAAUGUGGACAAUAUGCUGGUCUUUCGAGUGAUAAUGCAGAGAAAGCAAUCGUAGAGAAUGCACAAAAAGCAGGAUAUGGUCGCUGGUCAGUUCAGGUAGUUCCCGUUCCUGAAUCUGAGCUACCAGUACUCUUGCCCACUAAUGUCACCUUUUCUGGUCGUGGAGGCUCGCCUUUAAAACAAGUACAAGAAUGGAUAACUUGUAAAUGUCCAAAGUGCCAAGGUCCUGCUAUAAGAGACACUGAUACUAUGGAUACAUUUGUUGAUUCAUCAUGGUAUUUUAUGCGAUACACGGACUCAAAAAAUUCAAAUCAGCCGUUCUGCUCUAAGAAAGCAUCUAAUUUACUUCCAGUUGAUGUCUAUAUUGGUGGCAUAGAACACGCAAAUUUGCAUUUAUUGUACUCUCGGUUCUUUACCAAAUUCAUGUUCAAGCAGGGUAUGUAUACUGGUCAAGAUGAACCAUUUAAGCAAUUAGGAAUGGUUCAUGGAAAAACGUUUAAAGAUCCAAUAUCAGGAAGGUUUUUAAAGCCAGAUGAAGUUGAUUUAUCAGAUCCAAAUAAGCCUAUACAGAUUUCAACGGGGAUAGCUCCAGUAGUAUCAUUUGAGAAAAUGUCUAAAAGCAAAUACAAUGGAGUAGAUCCUGAAACAACUAUAAACAAUUAUGGUGCUGACGCGACAAGAUUACAUAUACUUUUCAAAGCACCUGUAUCUGAAGUUCUUGAAUGGGAAGAUGCAAGUAUAGUUGGCAUGCAAAGGUGGAUUGCUCGUGUUUGGAGAUUGGCUGAAAAUGUUUCUGAAAAGACUUCGCCAGCAAAUAUUCAUAGUCUGAAUUCUAACUUGAAUCUAUUGAAUAAGGAAGAUAAAGAAACAUAUAGGAUAAUAAACGUUACGAUAAAAGAGGUUACAGCAGAUUAUAAAAGUUCGACAUUCAAUACUGCAGUAUCGUCACUAAUUAAAUUAACAAAUCAUCUGACAAGUAUUUCCCCAUUCCAAAAUGAAAAUGCAUCAAAAAAUUCCACAGUUGUUUCGCCAAUAUAUGAGUAUGGAAUAAGAACAUUGGUAAAAAUGAUGGCACCGAUGGCACCUAGUAUAGGAGAAGAAUUUUGGGAAAUUUUAAAUAAAGGAAAGCAACAUACAACAUCUGUAUUUGAAGAGUUAUGGCCCGAGGUUAACACUGAAUGCUUAAGUGCCAAUGAAGUUACUUGCGUCGUUCAAAUUAACGGAAAAAUGAGAUUUUCAAUUAUGAUUCCAUCAACAAUUUUACAAGACAAUCUCAGCAUUGAAAAAUUGAUUCUAGAUUCUGAGAGUGGAAAGAAAUGGAUUGGGAAAAUAAAUGCUGAUAAAAAGAUUAAAAAAGUCAUUCAUGCCAAUGGAGGAAAAAUUGUAAACUUUGUUUUCGAUAAACAUUAA